UUCAGUCCUUUCAUUUCCCGGCCCUCUAGAACGCCUAGGCCUCUUUCCUAACUACUUCACGGAGCGUCCCUGGCACCUCCCUUUCACUUCUGUUCCGUCACAGCCUCUGUCCACACCCCUUUUUUGUCUCGAACCUUCAUCUAUUCCACUUGUUACGUCCGCAGCCUCCUGUCUCUGCCCCUCUAAGUGGCGUCAUCACCUCUGCCUUCAUUAUUUUAGUGAUGUCACCGCCUCUUGUUCCUCAGCUGUGUCCACCUACCUUUCUGUCCCCCACCACCCCCUUUUACUUCCCUCCCUCCCUCUUUCCCUUCCCUCUCCCCCUCCUUUCCCUUGCCCAUUCGUUCUUCCCCCACAUGACUUCUCCUCCUUUCCUCAUUGAUCUUCCAGCUGGGUCGCCCUCACCCCUCGGAAAAUACCAUAGCGACCUCCCCUUCCCUCCUGGGUCUCCGCCGCCCUGCAGGAAGGGAUUCAGCCCCUUCCUCAACCUCGAGCUGCCUCUGGCGACUGGGAAAGGUUACAGCGACCAUCCUGUCCACACUGCCGGCCUUUCCCCAAACGCAGGCAAAAGGUGCAACGAAUCCUCUCAUCCCCUGGAAUCUCCCUGCUUCUCCAGAGACCCUUUUUCUUGCCUCACUGGCAGCCCUGGAAUUUCUUCUACGAUCGACACGCCCCCCUGCCCACCCCAGCUGAUUCCCUCUCCGCCUCCACGGUCUCAUCUUUCACAGCCACAACCUCCCUCGCACUCAGGGAGAUGUUAUUUUGAGUCCUCUUCCCCACUCCUGGAAAGGACCUACUGCCGCGAGCCCUGCCACUCGGAUUCCCCACCUUCCAGCCCCUAUUUUGAGCAGUUCAGCAUAACGGGGUCACCUCCUGUCUGUCAGCGGACCCCUUAUUGCACCUGGAUCAGUCCAUCGAGAAUGCGGCGUCCCUGUCUUCAAGGCACGAACUUUGACCAGAACACUAACCUCUGUUACUAUAGCGGAUGCCCUUCGGCUUUUGGAACCAGCCCCGCAAUCUCCUCUCCCCUUGCUGAGCGGUCCCCGGGAAGGAGCCCAUUGACCUCCCCUCAACUCACUCAUGUACCCUUGGAAACUGGACUCAUGAUUUCGCCUCCUCCUACUCAUAGGACCCGGGGAACUUGCCUCAAGAUUUCACCUCCCCUUGCUCGCCGACCAGUGGAAACUAGUCCUGUGGCCUCCCCAACCCUUUCUCACAGAGUUUUGGAAACUGGGCUGAUGAUCUCUCUGCCCUCUCACUGGUCCUCAGGGAGAAGUUAUAAUGACCCCCUUCUUUCCCCAGCAUCUUCCCCACCUACUGGCAACUUUUACUGUGGCAGCUCUAAGCCUCCAGACUCUUGUGAACCCAAACCACAGCUUGACCUGCCCCUUGAGAAAAAUUGUGGCUCGCCACUCUCUUCUCAGGCAGGCAUGCCUGGCUCUCCCAGCUCACCUCGGGAGGGCUCUUAUCAUUAUUCCCAUCUUUCCUCAGAGGCCUAUGUGCCUACUCCUGGGAGUCCUUGCUGUGCCACACGCCUGCGCUUUGGGAGUACUGAUUCUCCUUGCUCACCCCAGUUCCAGGCUCCCAGGAAGGCUUGCUUUGAGUCCCUUCUCUCCUGGGAGACAGGUGGGAACUCUUACCUCAUCCUCACCCCGGACACCACAAUUUCUGGUCCCCCCUGUUCCCAGGAACCAUCUCUUCCCCACUGUCCUCAUUCUGGCCUUUCCUCCUUCCCUUCACCCCCGGGCAACCAGUUUAUAUCUCCACCCCAGCCACUCCCCCACAGAAGCUACAAUGAACCCCCUCUUCCCACCCCAGUUUCCCCCCAAGAGAAGUCCCCUAAAUCCUCAGAGUUAAGACAGUCACAUACUCCCCACAGGUGUCACUCCCUAGUCAGCACUCCCCAACACACCCCUUCUGGCCAGCCCAAGCCUGCCAAGGCCAGCACCUCUCCCCCACCUCCCUCCCACCUCUCUGGUCUUUCUUGUAUGGAGCCAUCCAUCACAACUCCUUCAAAUUCCAGCCCCAAAGAACUUCCCCCAGGGACUGCCUUACCAACUGUGGUCCCUAGAACCCUCAAAACUGUUAGCCCCAGUUCUCUUCCCUUCUGCCUUCCUUGUGAUCCUGUCUCGUCCAAUGGUUAUGCUCAGAGCAGCCCCCAUGGGCCCCCCUGCAAAACCCAUAUAUACUCUGUGGUUCCCUCCCCUACCCAUCCCUGCCCACUCUCUGGUUCCCUCAAUCACUCGACAGGCCCCCCUCCCAUUGUGCCCCUGUGUGACACCUAUAGCACUCCCAGGGGCCCACCCCAACCUCGUUGCCAGCCUGUGGUACCUCCUUGUUCUACUCACAUCUAUUCUUUUAUCCCUUUGAGAACAUCCUUUGAUCCUCAAAGUUUACCCAUUUUCCCCCGAGUCCGGGCCUACCCUGACACUGUCCCUUGUGGCCUCCAUAUCUACCCUGUGGCCCCUCAAGGUCCUUGCAAAGAGCCCCUGCAGAUCCCCUACAGCUGCCCUUUGCCUUCAUCCAAGGAUUCCAGCUGUAGCACUAAUCCCAGCUGUAGUUCGACUGUUAUUAGCGAAUGCCAGAGUAGUGACAGCCAGAGCAGGAGUUCCUACCAAAGCCAAAUUCAGAGCCAAAGCAAGAGUCCCCAUCAUGGCACAAGUCAGAGCCGGAGCAAGAGCCAUCAUUUGAGCAGAAGUCCGAGCCAGAAAAGGAGUCCCUAUCCUAGCAGAAGCCGGAGCGGGAGCAGUAGUCCUCAACAAAACACAAGUCAGGGCCAGAGUGAGAGUCCCCACCUUAGCAUAAAUGAGCACCAGGAUGAGAGUCCCCAAAUUAGCAGAGGUCAGGGCAAGAGCAAGAGUCUCCACCAUGGCAGAAGUCGGAACCGGAGCAAGAGUACCCAACGUGGCAAAAGUCAAGGCCAGAGCAAGAGUCCCCAACAUAGCAGGAGCCAAAGCAAGAGUCCCAGCAGGGGCAAAAGUCAUAGUCAGAGCAAGAGUACUCACCAUAACAAGAAAUGAGGGCCAGAGCAAAAGUUCUGACCAGACCAGAAAUCUAGGCCAGAGCAAGGCAUAGAUAGUAACAAGAUUGCCAGCAAUAGCAAGCAUCCCAGCUGCAGCAACCAGGACCAACUUGUGGACUCCCCAUCUGAAGUCUUCAUUUCUCUUUUACUCCACCUCCUUGCUCUUAUGCUCUUGUCCUUCUCUGCUACCCUCGUAGCAGUCAUCCUACAAGUCCCUGUUUUAGUUCACACCUCAAGAUUCUGUGGGCCCUCCUUAUGCUACCUUUCUGGGGUCUGGGAACUCUCCCAACAUGGCCCUCAACCCUCUGAUUCUGAGCAUUGUGGUGCUAGUCACUGCAUAACGGUAGGUAAGUUACCCACAUCUCUCCAUCAAAUUGAAAGGUUGUUAAUUUUUUUGGUAUCAUACGGAGCUAUCAGUUAUAGUGCUCACAUAAUCUAGUAGACGUGAAAGUGCUUUGGAACAUAAAAGGACUGUUCAGAGGAAAAGGGCCUUUUGCUUUUAAGCUCAAAGCUUCCCAGAGCCUCCAUAGUUUCUCCUAACCUUCUGCAAGCUCUCCUCAAGAGUCCUCUCCUAAGCUGCCAUUCUCCUAAGUUCCUCUUACUCCAAGGUCCCCCUUCUUGAUGACCCCUGCACAGCACUGUGAGAGUUACAUCUUUAUCUGACAACCCUGGGAUGGGAGGACCUGCCCUCCAUUACUUUUCUCUCUCACACUUCUCUGGCAGGCAGGCAGGAUGCAAAAGCAGGAGUAGGCACUAGUUGGAUCCAAGUUUGCCCCUUGGCUCUGAGGUGGGGUCAGGUAGUAGGGAGUAGAGGCAAGACUGGGAAAACCAAUAAGCCUGUCCUUUC